AAGAGUUGUUUUGAUUUCAAAUCUGCCAUUAUGGAGGACAACUAAGUUAGCGGAACUAAUAUAUUAAUUAUAAUAUUCAUAGUUUUUUCAAAAAAUAUAAUAUUUUAUAAAAUUUAAUGUAUAACCAGAAUAAGAAAAUAUAAAUCCUGAUCUGAUUUAUUUAGUUAUUAUCCUUUUUUUAUUUUAAAUUAAAGUUUAAUAUAUAAAUAUGCAAAUAUUGUAAUAAUAAAAUUAUAAUAUGGUCAACUUUUGUGCUGUAUUUGGAUGUUCAAAUCGUGAAAAGGGAAAAUCUUUUUUUCGUUUACCAAAAGUAGCUUGCAAUCAAGGCGAUGAUGGUAAGAUUUUAUCAAAAGAACGUAGACAAAAAUGAAUAAAUGCCAUAAACAGAGUUGGUAACUAUCCUGAUAUCCUCCACACUCGAAUUUGCAGUGAUCAUUUUAUUACAGGAAAACCUGCUUCUCUUUUCUCACAGAAUGAUCCUGAUUGGGUUCCAUCCUUAAAUAUGGGGCACAAAAAGUUUAAGUUUGAGAAACCUAGAGAAAGAUACUUACGACACAAAAAUCGUUCAUUGUUAACAAGUCGAAAUGAUUCUAUGUCUUGUAGAAACAGCAUCACUAAUUUAAACCCUUCUGAAAAUUCAAUCGUAGAUUUUUAAAUAGAGAAUUUUGAAAGUAGUGAUUCAAUUGUUUCAGAAAGUGUUACAAUAGAUUGUAAAAACUUAGUAGAUGCGAGUGUUCAAACUGAUAUGACUGUCAAAAAUAUCAAUCAAAUAGAAACUGAGUUUAUAUAUAAAAACAAACUUAAUCAUGAUUUGCGUGCAAAUUUAGUCAAACUCCAUGUGGGAACUAUUGAAUGGCUUGAUACCGAUUCAAAAGUAACAUUUUACACUGGAUUGCCAAAUUUGAAAACUUUAUGUUGUUUAUUUAACUUCUUAAAGCCUCUUAUAACUGAAAAUGAGAACUCAGUUUUAUUGUACUUUGAAGAAUUUUCUUUGACGCUUAUGAAAUUGCGUUUAAAUCUAUCUAUUAGAGACCUUGCUUAUAGAUUUGAAACUUCAAAAUCGACCUCAUCAAAAGUAUUUUUAAGAUGGAUUGACAUUAUGUAUUUCAGAAUGAAACAUUUAAUUAAAUGGCCUGCUCGCAAUGAGCUUAUAGAAACUAUGCCUUUAUGCUUUAGAAAAUAUUUUGAAACAAAAGUGGUUGGAUUGUUACGUAACAAAUAUAAAGUUCUGCAAAGUAUUAUGCCAUUAGAUUACUUAUAUACUAAAGAUUCUGGAUUAUGCACAAUAGACAAAAUUGUUAUUGUUUGUUCUUCUUUGAUAAAUAUAUGUGAUUCAAUUAUUCCUGUGGAAUAAUUUUUAAAAAUUUAACAGGAUUGAAUAAUUAAUUGAAACUAGAUCUUAUAAACAAAAAUAAAUAUUAUC